GCAUGGCGCGGGUGGGAGGGAAACCUCGGCAAAUCUUUGUCGUUUAAGAGGGCCGUCAGCAACCGGUUGUAAGGCGCGGACUCCAGCCCUGCCUUCUGUGGUAUUCCAGGCCGCAUUUUCUCUUGGACUGUAGGACUGGGCCGAGCGCUGGCCGCCGUAAAACUAGGGCAGGGCGUAAAAGGUGCGCAUGUGCAUGCGGAGCUCACGGAUUGGCUAAUUGAAUCGGCGCAGGGUUGGAGGGAGAUUUGUGACCCACGGCGGCUGGGAGAGCAGUCGCAGCUGCUAUGGCUUCUUCAUGGCGGGUUCGGACCCUGGGAGGCAUGGCUGCUAGAUAUUCAAAGAACACUGUAGGAAGAACACGUCCCACAGAAGAUAGAGCCGGCCGGCCGCAGAAGCCCGCUGCCGUGUACGGCUUUCCUGAUGUCCCGGGCAUGGGCAAGUGGAGUGAAGAUGAGAAAGAUGAGGAACCUUAUGAAUCCUUUGAGCCGCCUUUGCACAGCACCGCCAUUUACUCGGACGACGCGGAGCUCUCUGGACACUGCGGCUCCCUCGGCCCCCUUGGCUCCUCGGCUGCCCCGGCGGAGGGAGCAGAAGGAAGUUUGAACACUUCUGAAAUUGAAGGCGAAAACGAGUUCAUAAAAAGUAGUGCAAAAAAGCCACGAAGAAAACCCAAGCCCAUUAGUGAUGACUCUGAGAGUUGUAACGAAAGGGACGUGAUCGUGGAAGGUACACCAGCAGAGAGAGCAAGGAGCCAGCGGCGCGACGCUGCAUCGUCCUCAGAACUCUCAGCGGCAUUGGCUGAGUUCGGCACUUCUGAAAUGACAGGACCUCUAAGUGCUCAGUCCUCUGUUGAAAAAGAGUCCCUGGCAACCAAAGGUCAACUGAAAACUCAGAAAAAGGAGAUGUUUCAUGGCAAAAGAAAGAAACCAAGACAUGAAGCUGUAGACUCAGAUGUUUCUGACUGUGCACAUAUUUGGUGUCUGAAAGGAAGGAGAAGCAGUGACAUCAUGGAGCUAGAUGUUGUUUUGUCAGCAUUUGAGAAAACCAUUCCAGAGUACACACAAAAUAUAGAAUCUAAAAUUUGCAAGGAAGCGAUCAACAAAUUUCAUUCUAGUCUGAAAGAAGAACUCAUCAAAACACUUACUGAAGUCCAGAAGUUGAAAACUCUGAAAAGGAAGAACGUUAAGAUGACUUCAGAUGCUGAAAAGAAAAGGCAGCGUUUGAUUGAAGUCCAGAACGAACUGCUUUGGUUAGAACCGCAGCUGAAACAGCUACAGAUAAAAUAUGAUGAACUUAAGGAGAGAAAGUCUUCCCUCAGGAAUGCAGCCCAUUUCUUAUCUAAUUUAAAACAGCUUCAUCAAGAUUAUUCGGAAGUUCGAGAGCGAGAACCGCACGUAAAGGAAACGUAUGACUCAUCCAGCCUUCCAGCUCUGUUGUUCAAAGGAAGAGCCCUUCUCGGUGCUCAGAACCACCUGCAGAAUAUCAACUAUCAGUUAGAGAGGCUCCUGGACCAGCAGUGAGCCCAACCUACUGAACGGCGCCCGCGUGAAGACACGCCCCGCACCACGGCCUGCCGCCUCCUGAAACUGCUUCUUGUUAGAGCGACUUUCUCGGACACAUGUCACAGAGCAGACUUGUUGAACUGUUCCGGUUGGUGUCUUGAGUAAUGAGUUGAAAUGUCGACUCCUAAUCCUAAUUAGCCAUAGACAUAGACUUUUAAUUAACCUACAAAUAAAUAUGCAUAAGCUGAUGUGAAUACAGACUAACUUUGGUUAAUCAGUAAAGAGAUUUGUACUGAAUUUAAGAACACUGAAGCUAAUUUUUGAUAAGUGACUUAAGUAGAAAGCAAAAUGAUAAAACUUAAUUUUUAUCAACAAAUUUAACAAUGAGUUACUAUAAUUUACAAUAAGUUACUAUAAUUUAAUGUUUUUAAAAUCUACCU